UAUCCCAAAGAAAUCUUUCAUCCUGAACUCCAAGCGAAGUUCCACAAAGAUGUGAAAAGCCAGCCUGUCUUUGCUGUCAGGGAAUCCAUAUCCAUGGUGGGCCGUUGGGUCAUGCCUUCAGAUUUCAAUGGCUCAUCUGAAAUUACAGGAAAAACUAGUUUUUGCUGUCACAAAUCUGGGGACGCGCAUUGCCGUGGCUGUUUCCCAAGAAUCCACAGUAGGGGAUUUCAAGAGAAAAUUUGAGAUGGCGCAUUUGAAUUGUUUCCCUGAACAUGGGAAGGUCCGUGUAUGUGGAUUAAAGGUGAGGAAAAAAUCAUGCUUCUACUACCUAUCUGAAUCAUUUGUCCUGAAGCAUGCUUUUCAGGGUGCAAAUGGCUGGUUUCUCUAUAUUGCAGUGUGUCAUAUACAAGACCAAACAGUUUUUGUUGCAGCUGCUAAAAAGAAUAGCAGAAAGCUCAGAAGAAAAAAAUUGAAAAUGAAAAAACUGUCCUGCUUCAAAGCUGCGUGCUUGGAUAUUCCGAGAACAGUCUAUUUUUCAAAGAGGGAAAAGAAGAACUGCAACAGAUUAAUGAAAAAUAUCACUGCGAAGUGCCCAACAAACAGAAUCAAGCAAAGGCAUCUUUCGUCCCAGGAGAGCAUUCUUCCUUUUGCACCUAGAGCUGAUAGACAGGGAGAUCUCAGUUCAGCAAUAGAAUGCCCCAGUGAAACAAUAUCCGGAACAGUAUCAAUUUCAGGCAUAAUAAAUAGAUAUUUCUCGGGUUAUGAUGAGGUGACCUCAAACUUAGCCUUCUCUUGCAUGGAACUCCAACAGAACAAUAAGGAAAACAUGAAGGCUCAAUUUGCCAUUGGCUCUCAGAAUAUACAAGUUGGUAUACCAUCGAGUCUUGUACCCAAAACACCUCCACAAAGACAUUCUUUGUCAGUGUUGGCACCUAAUUCAAGAGCUUCGAGAGAUGCACCUAGAGAAAAAGUAGGAAUGCAUCUGGUAGAAGCUUCCGUCAAUCUUGGGCUCUCUAAAACCAAGCAAAAUCCUGCACUGUCUCUCUGCAAGGAUGUGGAUGGAAGAUCAGGGCUAUCUUUGUCUGCUAAUAAUCCCAUCAGAACUUUGGUGUUUGAGAUAACUGAUGAGGAUGACUGAAUACCAUUUGUCAUCCUGCUGAAAUUGAAGAACUCUGGAAAUGAUGAUGAGGGCCUGUGCAGAAGGAACUCUCAUAAUCGGGUAGUAACAACUUGGCUGGGGGAUACCAGCUUGGUGGAAUCUUACGACUUUAUCCUUUGCACUUGCAUACUCCAAUUUUAAUAGCUUUUUGUGGGCCAUGUUGUUUUUUUAUAUGGACUGGAGGCUAAAGAUCUCGGUGUAUAUUUGUUUUUGUUAAUCUGUUUUGCAGGUGGAAUCUGUAGGCUUAUAUGCUUUUUUCUUUUUCCUUUAUGUUAUCACGGAUCCCUUAUAUAUGUGUGAACUGGUUUGUGCUUAGGUAUACUGCAAUUACCUUGCAUCCUGUAUUGUGUGUAAUAUGCUUCAUUUUGUCA